GAACCGCAGGGACCAAGAAUCCUACCUUUAACUGCUGAAGCAGGCUCCAGGACUGACACCAGCUCAGCCCACUGUUUCACUCUGCGUUCCUUCUCAACCCCAGUGAUAUAACUAGAAUUUCAAAUUCCUUUCCUGGAACUCUCAGUUCUAGUCUUUUUUGGGGUGUGUGUGUGUCUUAGAUCAUAAUCUAAGAUUUAUCCUGACAAGAAUCCCAGGCCAGAGGUACAACCCUGGGCUCCACAUCCUCUCUUUUGCCUUGGGCCUUUCUUGACAUGCUACUCUUGGAGGGACAAGGACAUAUCCUCCCUUGGAUGCGGUUCAAAUAAAGAGCGCAGGGUCACCUCUGUGUGUCCUGUCCUCUGUUGGUCUCCAGUGCCAAGAAGGGGGUGGGACAAGGGGGGAUGGGCCCUGGAUGGUGGGUUUCCAAGUGGACUUGGCUGAAUUUCACAUCAGUGUAGGCUGAGGACUUAGGGUCCUGCACAUGAACCUUUAAACUAAACAUGCUAAGGGCACUGAAACUGACAUAAACAUGGAGAGAAAAGUCACAGAAAGAUUACAUUUUAGUGAGGAACCUACAUGUGAGGAAAGAAGGAAGGCCUGGAUUUUUGGGUAAUCUACACGGGAAACUGAAGUCUGGACUCUUGGGUUUGAGAGAAGAGGGACCUUGCUACUGGGUUUUCCUGAGUCUAAAGGAGAAGGGAGCUGGGGCCCAGAGUCAAAAGGAGGAGGGGUGUAGAUCCGGGCACCUUGGUUGGUCUAACUGGAGCUUUGCACACGGCUCCCCUCACACCCUGUUAUCGCUCAUCCUGGGAAGGGGAGGAGACAGCAGUAUAUUUAGUCUUUGUCCUCGCCCCUUAUCUCAGUGUCCUCAGUGAGGCUUGAGCAGCACAGAGGGGACCCAACCUCUAGAGACCUCCAAGGUCACCAGGGACACCCUUCUAAGACCCUCCAGGAAUCUGCAAUCCCGUUCUCUACCUCUGGAGAUCAGCAUGGCGGACGAGAGCAGCGAUGCGGCUGGGGAACCCCAGCCGGCGCCUGCUCCUGUCCGACGUCGCUCCUCGGCCAACUACCGAGCCUAUGCCACCGAGCCACAUGCCAAGGUGGGGAGGGGUCCUAGAGGACGGUACUUCUGGGUUCAGAAUCCUCUGGGACCCCAGGGGCGGCACCAAGGCCUUGGAAAGGGGUGGAGCCCGAUGGGUGGGGCAGAAUUUCAAAGAGAUUCUUACACUUUCGGGGACCCUGUUUUCUGCUCCCACAUUCCGCAGACUCUGAUGCUGCAGAUUGCGAAGCAGGAGAUGGAGCGUGAGGCAGAGGAGCGACGUGGAGAGAAGGGGCGCGUUCUGAGCACGCGUUGCCAGCCCUUGGUGUUGGAUGGGCUGGGCUUUGAAGAGCUUCAGGACUUAUGCCGGCAGCUUCACGCUCGUGUGGACAAAGUGGAUGAAGAGAGAUACGACGUGGAAGCAAAAGUCACCAAGAACAUCACUGAGAUUGCAGAUCUGACCCAGAAGAUCUAUGACCUGCGUGGGAAGUUUAAGCGGCCCACUCUCCGAAGAGUGAGAAUCUCGGCAGAUGCCAUGAUGCAGGCACUACUGGGAACCCGGGCCAAGGAAUCCUUGGACCUGAGGGCCCACCUCAAGCAGGUGAAGAAGGAGGACAUUGAGAAGGAAAACCGGGAGGUGGGAGACUGGCGCAAGAAUAUCGAUGCACUAAGUGGAAUGGAAGGCCGCAAGAAAAAGUUUGAGGGCUGAGCCCAUGGCUCUCACACUGUGCUCUGAAGGGCAUCUCUGAGGAAUAAAUCUCUUUAAACUGGAA